AUGUCGACUACACCCUAUUCAAUUCAUUCAAACGUAAAUGGUGUCGAUAUAAACUUCAUCAAAUGCGACUGUGGUCAAUUUUAUAUUAGCUUCAGAAAUAAUCGCGCGAUUUUUACGAUCCCUACAGAUUGCGUCACGGCCCUUAACCUCCGAAUAGAAAGACAUGAUUUAUCCAGGCAUGCGGGUAACUUGUGGCAGCAAUUAAAGACUGUAGACACACAAUUAGUAGAUGAGUUUAAACGGGUGGCUCAUCUUGUCGCUCAGCAGUGUUAUUCUGAAAUAAGAAUUAUAAAUGUUAAUAUUCCUAUUGCC